AUGGGUAUAAAACUCUAUAUCUUGUCUCCUUAUCGUUCAUAUAGAUUUUUGGUAAGGAGAGAUUCUUCCUCGAUUUGCCACCCUGAUUGCAUUGUUGCUGAUAUGUUCUUUCCCUGGGCUACUGAUGCUGCUGCCAAAUUUGGAAUUCCGAGGCUAUUGUUUCAUGGCACUAGUAACUUUGCUUUAAGUGCUUCAGAAUGCAUGAGGCUUUAUGAGCCACACAAGAAAGUUUCAUCAGAUUCCGAACCUUUCGUGGUGCCUGAUCUUCCUGGUGAUAUAAAGUUGACAAAGAAGCAACUACCAGAUUUUGCAAGAGAAGAUGCUGAAAAUGACUUUAGCAAGUUCUUGAAAGCAUCUAAAGAAGCUGAAUUGAGGAGCUUUGGUGUUGUUGUCAACAGCUUUUAUGAGCUUGAGCCAGCUUACGCUGAUUACUACAGGCUGGUCUUGGGCAGAAGGGCUUGGAAUGUAGGCCCGGUUUCACUAUGCAAUAGAGACACUGAAGAUAAAGCAGGAAGAGGAAAAGAAACCUCAAUUGAUCAGCAUGAGUGUUUGAAGUGGCUCGACUCAAAGAAACCAAAUUCAGUUGUUUAUAUUUGCUUUGGAAGCAUGACCGUCUUCACUGACUCUCAGCUUAAGGAGAUUGCAGCAGGUCUCGAAGCUUCUGGUCAGCAGUUUAUCUGGGUAGUUAGAAGAAACAAAAACGGCCAAGAAGACAAGGAAGAUUGGUUACCUGAAGGCUUUGAGGAAAGAAUGGAAGGCAUGGGACUAAUUAUCAGAGGAUGGGCACCCCAAGUUUUGAUUCUUGAUCAUGAAGCAAUAGGGGCAUUUGUGACUCAUUGUGGAUGGAACUCAACUCUUGAAGGCAUAACUGCAGGGAAACCAAUGGUUACAUGGCCAAUAUUUGCUGAGCAAUUCUAUAAUGAAAAGUUGGUGACUGAUGUUUUGAAAACUGGAGUUGGUGUUGGAGUUAAGGAAUGGGUUAGAGUGCAUGGAGAUCAUGUUAAAAGUGAAGCUGUAGAGAGGACAAUCACUCAAAUUAUGGUGGGUGAAGAGGCAGAGGAAAUGAGGAGCAGAGCAAAGAAGCUAGGAGAAACGGCCAGGAAGGCUGUCGAAGAAGGUGGAUCUUCUUACUCUGAUUUGAAUGCUUUGAUUGAAGAGCUGAGGUGGCGUCGCCUGUGAAACGACGCAGACAAGAGGAAUGGUUUCGGCGAUUUACAGCAUUCAUCAUU